AGGAAUAUCAGGUCACGGAGGUUGACUUACAAGCGGGUUUUGGUGCUGCUUUCCGCGUUACAGUGUGCGCUGUGCGACGGCUAACCUUUCUUCAAUGUCAUGACGUCAAGAAAACGCGCCAUCCAUCAACGCGUCUUCGAUGACGGUUCGACAGAGCGCCAUGAUGCCAUUCGAACACAGCCGUACGACAAUACGUAGCCAUUGGUGUUUUAAUAUGCCUUAUUUCGAUAAUUGUCUCGUCAAACUUUCUUCACUUCGUCCAAAACAAUCUCCUCAUGUUCUCCCGAUCCAACUUCGUGCAAACCUCCGCAUCUGCUCUUCGAAGUACAGGACGAUCUACUUCCACGUUUAGAACUCUAUUCGGAUUUAUACAACAGAAGGUUAGAAUAAUGGCGACCGGAACCCCUUCAGCAUCUGCCCAGGCGCAACAAAACGCCGACGCGACGUCCGCAACACUCUCGUCAUACGACAUCAAGAACAAGCCGAUCAACGAGGCCCCAGGGGUGAAGCUGUCAGAGUCGCAAAAAGUGGUGGUAGGAAGUAUACUAGAUCUUUUCUCUGGCAAUCCAACCUUGAAACAUCUCUCCCUCUGGCACCGCGACGCCAUCUUCGCCGACAACAUCACGUCCGCCGCCGGAUACGACAAGUUCGCGGCGCAAUGGUAUGGUCUCCCCGCCGUCUUCUCGCCCAUCCACAUUCAGUCGCAUAAGGUUACCUCGGCAGGGAACCCUAUAGUGAUGGACUUGAGCAACAAAUAUGUUGUCAAGGGACUGAAGACGGAGAAGAUCAUGGACUCCGUGGUUAAGAUUCAUAUCGACGGUGAUGGCAAGAUUGAGAAAGUGGAGGAUAAGUGGAAUGGAAACUUGCCUGAGGGCGGCGUAGCGGAGGCUUUCCGAAAGCUUAACGCGGUGACGGUGCCGACGAUGGUGCAGGUUCCAAAGACGGAGGAGGAAGAUUUGAAAAUGAAGGCUGAGAGGGAGAAGUCGUCAUGAUGGGCCGGCAUGGGCAUGCAUGUUUUGUGAGUGAUGCCUCAUAAGUUUGAAGAGAUCGCAGCCCGCUUAGGAUUGUAAAAGUACCGUGACACAU